AUGGCAAUACGGCUUACAAGCUUGUCAGAUCAUUGCGCCAGCGAUGCAGCAGGGGCGCAAGGGAUACGGGUCCGUGGAGGAACGAUUCAACGGGGUCGCGUGAAUGACUCUCUAACUGUCACUAGAGCAUUCGGGAACUACGCAUUGAAGGAGCCCUCCCUUUCUCGAAAAUCGACGAAAGUUGUACGGGAGGACGAACCCUACUCAGUAGAUAAUGGUGCGACGGCUUUGACGAGUUGUAAGCAGUCACUAGAGGCAGACGAGCUUAGGACUGCAGGAGGGGCUACAUCAAGCAUGGCCGAUUGUUUCGAGCAGGCGAACGCUAUUGUCUUGUCCGUGCCAUCGGUAACCCGUGUGCCCCUGCCCUUCGAUCAAACUGAGAAUGCCUUUAUCAUCGUGGCAUGCGACGGCCUCUUCGAUGUUGUGAGGUACCCAGAUCUGGGUAGUAACAUGAACAUCAAGAUCAACAGUGUUUUGUUGACGAUACGCCUACUUACUAGACGCUCUCACUGAAUUAACGACCAGAACAUAGGGAAGAAGUACAAGUCGUAAUCGUAUCAGUUCAUUUGUUAUGACUUAAUAUAUUCCCCUAUUUAAUUGUGUACAAACCACGCAUGGAUAAAAGAUAUAAGAGAGAAUUCAUCCCUAGGCAAAGAAUUUGCCAAAAAUGAUCUUAGGAUAAUGAUCAUCUUAGCACAACUCAUGUGCAUCAUCUGACUGUCAUGAUCACUCCCUUUUUCCUCAACCUGUUGCUGAUGUUCUUCGUCAAUCAUUGUUGCUAUCUCUACCUGGAAUGCUGUAAGUAGGUCAAGGUGUCAGUAGAGCUUUUAUAUCGUUACCUCAAGUUGAGCAUGCUAAUAUUACCACCACAGCGAUCAAGACGCAGUAAAUCUCGCAAUGGAAGCAUGGUUGCGUAUGACGAAGUCAUUCCCGACACUAGUAGCGGAUGAGUCGGCAUCUUCCAUGGCAGAAGCUAUGGGCCGCUUGCUAAUCGACGUCGCCCUACAAAGAUGCAGCAUGGACAAUAUCACGGUGCAGAUCAUACUAUUGUAGAUCCGCGUCCACUACAACUAGUUGUACAAUCAUCAUCUUCGCCGGUAAAGUGACUUAGAAAAGUCAAAUAGAAUUUAUUAGAAAGACACUGAUAGUGACCGUGACGCCCCGACAAGCUUCUGGUGUCUUCUGGUGGCGCCAAUUUUGAUUUAGUGAGUUUUUGGGUCCAAAAAGAGACACUGACUCUGAUUGUUGCGUCAAUCAAUACCAAACAUAGAGAAUCCCACGUGCACCACGUACAGGUAUAACCAAGUAGACUAAAGAUGGCAGGUUCAGC